UCUUGCUCGUCAAGAUGUCCAUCGCAGCAGGACGGGACGAUGUAUUCCACGUGGUCACGCCGCUGCUGGAGAGCCUCGAGCUGCAGCAGGCGUGUGGAGUGCGCGUGUUGCUCAAGCUCGAGAACACGCAACCCAGCGGCAGCUUCAAGAUCAGAGGCAUCGGUAACCUCGUCAAAAAGAGUCACUCGGCCGGCGGCAUCAAGGGCGUGGUAUCGUCGUCUGGCGGCAACGCUGGACUGGCGGCCGCCCAUGCCGCCCGCCGCCUCAAUUUGCCCGCCACGGUCGUCGUGCCGUCGUCCACACCGUCCAUCAUGGCGGACAAGUUGCGAAGGGAGGGAGCUACUGUCCAGGUGCACGGCGCCAUCUGGGACGAGGCGGACGAGAAAGCUAACGAACUUUCAAGGGAGAAGAACUUGCUUUACGUUCAUCCGUUCCACCACCCACUCAUAUGGGAGGGAGUGAGCUCGCUGGUGGACGAGGUGGUGCGGCAGUGCGGGGAGCCUUCUUGCUUUGUGCUCUCCGUGGGGGGCGGCGGCCUCCUCUGCGGCGUCAUGACGGGCCUCAUCCGUAACGGUCUCGGUCACGUUCCCAUCUUGGCGAUGGAGACGCAAGGGGCGCACUGCCUGAAUGCGGCCCUGGCGGCUGGCGGACCCGUGUCCAUCGGCAGCAUCACCAGUUUGGCUAAGACCCUCGGGGCGCUGACGGUGAGCGACGAAGUGUUCCGUUUGCUGCCGCACUGCGUCGUCAUCUCGAGGGUCGUGUCUGACGAGGAAGCCGUGCACGCCUGUCGCCGCUUCCUGGCGUGUGGAGUGCGCGUGUUGCUCAAGCUCGAGAACACGCAGCCCAGCGGCAGCUUCAAGAUCAGAGGCAUCGGUAACCUCGUCAGAAAGAGUCACUCGGCCGGCGGCAUCAAGGGCGUGGUAUCGUCGUCUAGCGGCAACGCUGGACAGGCGGCCGCCCAUGCCGCCCGCCGCCUCAAUUUGCCCGCCACGGUCGUCGUGCCGUCGUCCACACCGCCCAUCAUGGCGGACAAGUUGCGAAGGGAAGGAGCCACUGUCCAGGUUCACGGCGCCAUCUGGGACGAUGCAAACAAGAAAGCUCAGGAACUUUCAAGGGAGAAGGACUUGCUUUACGUUCACCCCUUCCACCACCCACUAAUAUGGGAGGGAGUGAGCUCGCUGGUGGACGAGGUGGUGCGGCAGUGCGGGGAGCCUUCUUGCUUUGUGCUCUCCGUGGGUGGCGGCGGCCUCCUCUGCGGCGUCAUGACGGGCCUCAUCCGUAACGGUCUCGGUCACGUUCCCAUCUUGGCGAUGGAGACGCAAGGGGCGCACUGCCUGAAUGCGGCCCUGGCGGCUGGCGGCCCCGUGUCCAUCGGCAGCAUCACCAGUUUGGCUAAGACCCUCGGGGCGCUGACGGUGAGCGACGAAGUGUUCCGUUUGCUGCCGCGCUGCGUCGUCAUCUCGAGGGUCGUGUCUGACGAGGAAGCCGUGCACGCCUGUCGCCGCUUCCUGGACGACCACCGCUACCUCGUGGAGCCCUCGUGUGGGGCAGCGCUGGCGGGGGCGUACGGGGGGCACCUGAGGAUGCUCAUCUCCCAGGGGCGCGUCUCCCCAGACCGUCCCGUGGUGGUGGUGGUGUGUGGUGGUAACGGCGUAACGCUGGAUCUCCUACAGCAGUGGAGCAAACAGACUGGACUCAUACAAUAACUUCCACGUGUUACUAUGAUGGAGCGUGUGCGUGACGUAGGGCGGUGUUAUGUUCAGCGUGACUGCGUUACUAGUGGAAUACAAUAUGCUCAAUAAUAUAUUGGAAG